CAUAAUCUCACUCCCAGAGUCUCCCCGAGCCAGAGAGACUCUGGGCUUGUCACAAUUUAAUUGUGCAAGCCUCUUUGUCAGCCAACCUACUUGACAAAAUUCCAUUCGCAAAGUGCUUAAAUAAACGAACUAUUUCUUCAAAAAUUUCACAUGAUUUCUUUUUCAAGUGCGUUUUGAAACAAACCAUUUUUUUGUUGCCUUGGACUUUUGAAAUACCACUUAUUUUUAACUUGAAAAAUAAUCGCCGAACAAGCCCAGUGGGUUUUCUCUAUUCAGGUCGAGAAUCUAGAACACCUUUGGUCUCCUUUGCUCCUCGAAUUCAUGCCGUAAAUUAAGAAUCCUUGUGAAAAGUUUAAUUGUGAACUGAAUUUGUUUUCAAGACGGUGAUUGCUGAUAUUAGAAAUGUUUGCUCUCCAAGUGAUAAACCUGUGUCAGUUAUUCAAACGACUCCUGGGAGACGGAUUAGCGAGAGUCUUCCAAUGAACAAAGGAAACAAAAGAAUCCAUUGACACCUGGCUUCCUUACAAUUUGGAACGCAAAUAAAUCUCGAAUAUGAAAGGUUAUUUUAGUGCGUUGUUCUAAGCCAUUAAGUUAUUUACAAACCAGACUCAAAAAUGCUUAAACUGUCUAGCUUAGAAAUGUGGCUGCUCAGGCUCUGAUUUCGCAAACGCUUCCUACCCCUGAAACAAGUUUUAAUAUCGCUUACAGUUCCAGUCACAAAGUAAUCGCGUAAUUACUUAAAAAGUCGUCAAUGAUUAAUCAGUCGAUUGGUUAGUUAACACAAUUGUGACGUCAAUAUGUCGCCACCUUAAUUAUGAUGCUUCGCGAUUCCACGUCGCGAGCGCCAACAAAGAUCUGAUAUAUUGUUGGUAUCGACUGCACAAGAAAAAAAAUAGGUUUUGUCCAGAAAUAUCAGUCAGUCUAUUUGGUGUGAGAGUUUUCUUGAGUCUAGCAGCCUUCGCCUCGGGCAUAAUGCCGAAUACUGGACAGUUAAUUGGCCAGUGCUGGAAAUGCGAAGACUGUCGAAAGGAUUUUAAGGCGGUGUGGUUGCCAACCAACGUUUGCUGUCGAGUCGCAGCAUGGGGCACACAGCAAGCUCCCUACUCCAGGCAUAUUUCCAACGAGCUCAGAGAGGCAGCCACGAAAUCGGUCUCCAGUCAACGCACCGAGAACACCACCAAGUCGCACGGAGAAGCCCUGAAGAAACCUGAUAUUCCAGUUCAGUGCCUGGCGGAACCAUGGACGAGGCAAGUUAAUUCGCUGGCGCCUUUCAGCACCCUUGGAAAAUACACCUGUGGGUAUUACUUUUCAAGAAGUACCGACAACAAGAAACGAAAAACAGGGAUACCUCCUUCAGAUCUGGUGGCAUGGCGAUCAAACAUCUCUUAAGUGGAUUCACGAAGUGGUCGGAACUAUCGUUGCGUACCCGCUCGGUUAAUGAACUUGUUUUGUUGGAAACAGAUAUUUAAACCACAGGCGUGAAAACACGAAAAUCUUCGUGUGUAGUGGAACUUAUCUGCCAUAGCUUUCUGCUAUUCGUGAGUUCAAUGUUUCGUGCUGUGUAUGAGAUACAGAUUAGUGUGAUACGUCAUGCUGUAAAAGCCAGUUGAUCAGAUAUGUAAUUUACACUUCACUUGUACGAGUGGUUUUUUUUUUUUUUUAGUUUCAACGAUAAGAUAACGUGACGUUGUAGGCGACUGUGAUAGACUGUUUGGCUUGAUACACUACUGUAAAACUGCUCAGCUAUUCAGUAAAGCUGUUAGUAAACACGCGUGAAAGGACAAAGUUUAUCCUUUUGUGAAGACAAUAGACCUUGGGGGAGGAGUGGGUGCUCGGAGACAACAGUUGUGAGACACCAUAAACGGCGCUAAGUACAGAUGUUAAAAAAAAAAUCUGCGCCUCACAGAAUCGUGAUUUCGUAUAAAUGUACCAUUACGCCAUCUCUGACGGCUUUUUAUUGUAGGCGGCAUGCUACGAGCAAUUUAUAUCCUUCAGAUCUACUGUAUAACUUAAACCGAACAAAUUUCAUCCAGAAAGCCAAUCGUUAACAGUCUCUGAGUUCCCGCAGGAUCAACCCGUAACGUGUUGAGGAAUCCUAUAAGGGAGGGACCUCGGUCCCUCAUUUUUAUUAGAGCUCAGAACACGCAUGCACUAGCACACGUAGGUACCGCCUGAUGGUUCUAAGAGAUUAAGAGAAGGGGAACUAAAAGCUAAUGACUAUUUUUCUUUGUUCCUGUACCCUGUCUGGUUGGCUCGCUUCUUUGGAUGUUGGUGUGUGCAGUUUCCUGCAGUAGCCCCAAUCUCUUUGAAACCUCUGUUCCAAACAUAAGUUAUCACAAUUUGGUGGCGUUGUCACCUGUUCCCUAUUUAACUGUUCCAAGAGUCAGUCAUGGGCCUCACUCUAAGAGGUAGUGGGUGACCCUUCUCCCAAGAAGACACAUAAAUCACAUUCUUGUGUGAAGAGAUGCCAUUUGACAAUUCACGUAAGUGAUUCAGUUUAAAUAUGUGAUUAUAAAUGACAAGUACAUGUACAUGCAGUAUUCAUUUUUGUUGUGGGAUUAACAUAAUUUAUUGUUUGGGAUGGAAUCAACUUAAUGGUCAAGUGUACUUUUCAUUGGCAAAAAGAUGACAGGUUUAACAGCACAGUAGCUAAACAAUCUGAAACACAGCUUAUGAAAGCUGACAGAAGUACGACGAGAAGAAGGGAAU